AUGCCGCUACGGAGAUCAGGUUUAUUUUUGUCAAUAUUUUUCGUUUUUGUAACGUGCCAAGUUCAACAACCGCCUCACGUUGUGAUUAUCGUAGCAGAUGAUUUGGGUUGGAAUGACGUGAGUUACCAUGAUCCCGUUCAUCAAAUCCCAACUCCGAACAUUGAUGCGCUCGGCUUAAACGGAGUCAUCCUGAAUCGUCAUUAUUCGCAACAAAUGUGCACUCCAAGUCGAGCUGCCCUCAUGACGGGCAAAUAUCCCAUCAAAACUGGCAUGCAGCAUUUCGUCAUAGUUCAAGAUGAGCCAUGGGGACUUCCGUUAAACGAGAAAAUCUUGCCGGAGUUCUUCAAAGAUGGCGGAUACGAAACUUAUAUGGUUGGAAAAUGGCAUCUUGGGUUCCAUAAGAAGGAAUUUACGCCGCUUGAACGUGGAUUUGAUCAUCAUUAUGGGUAUUGGGGAUCAAAUAUCGAUUAUUGGACCAAAUUUAAAGCGUUAAGAAAUAUCACGCCGGGACUCGAUUUUAGAAAUGGAGCUGAUUUGGAAUGGAAUGAUGAUCAAUAUGCAACGGAGUCAUUCACAAAUGUCGUGAAAAAGUAUAUUCGAGAACAUGAUAAGACGAAACCGAUGCUCAUGGUAAUGAAUCAUUUGGCGCCUCAUUCGGCAAAUCCGAAAGAUCCUCUUCAAGCUCCUGAAGAUGAAAUAAACAAAUUCAGCUUCAUAUCUGACAUAAACAGAAGAAAACAUGCAGCUAUGGUAUCUCUUCUCGACAAAAGCAUCGGAGAAGUCAUCACAGAACUCAAAAAAUUCGAAAUGUUACAAAAUUCAGUGAUCGUUUUCAUGUCUGAUAAUGGAGCGCCGACAACGCCCCCUAUCGAACUAAAUCCAGGUUCUAAUUAUCCAUUAAGAGGGACCAAAAACACUCCAUGGGAAGCCGGCGUUCGAGUCCCUGCGAUGAUUUGGAGUCCUUUGCUACAAACCAAAGCAAAAAUUAACAAUAAUUUAUUCCAUAUUUCUGAUUGGUUGCCAACUUUACUCACAGCUGCUAACAUUUCGUAUAACCAAAGUACGUUAGAUGGAGUAAAUCAUUGGAUGGAAUUAACUCAAAGUCCUGAAAUUCCUUCACGAAAUGAACUUCUUGUUAAUAUUGAUCCCAUUGAUGAUUGGAGCGCUGUUAUCAAAGAUAAUUUCAAGUUAGUUUACAAACGAAACAGAGAUGAAAUGGACAAUUGGCUCAGCUCAGCGAACGUUGAAACAGCUCUCGAUGACGACUUGUACAGCGAAUUAGUUCAAAAAAGUGAAGUUUUUAAAGCUCUUGAAAGUCAAUUGACUAAAGAAGAAAUUUUAAGCCUUGUUAAGUCGACACAAGUUCAAUGUUCAUCAAAUGAACAAAAAUCCUGCAAUUUCAGCGACAAUUUUUGUCUUUUUAACAUUCAAGACGAUCCAUGCGAAUUUCACGACCUUGGCGAAAAAUAUCCAGAUCAGCUAAAAGAUCUAAAGAAAACCUUGAACGAAUACAAAAAACUCAUGGUGAAACCCUUGAAUGAAGAAGGCGACGAAAGAAGAUUUUUCACGCCAAUUGUCGAGCACUAUUACUUGCGAUUGUUUGCGAAAAAGAAAACUUACGAGUGCGGCAUGAAAGGAAGACCACAAUAG